GAUUUGAAAUGACUUUCCCAGUUUGUUUCAAUCUUGAUGGUCAAAAAAGGUUCUUAAGUCAUAGCAGUCGAAUUUUAUGUUGAAAAUUACUUAUCCUUAUUGCAAAAUGUUUGGUUCUGGUGUUAUCUGCUUCCAUACAUUUACCACUGCGCCUAUAAUUUUCCAUGAAAACUGGACGAAACAUAAAUACGGGGACUAAACUGACGCCACGUAGAAAACAAAACUAAUAUAAAUAAGGUUAAUGUACACCAUUCAUAGUUCCGUGAGUUCAAUGCGGCAUAAAGCCAAACAUGUUAAGAACUAUCAAUCAAGAAUCUAGCUGAAAUAUGGGUACAGUGUUUAUACUUGUGUCUCGAUUUAUUUACUACCACGUCUUUCAAAACACGCGCCGUCCCCUAACUAGUUCGUUCCCUUACUGAGCUCACUCCGAAUCCUGUGUGUUGCAUUCGCGUGCGCAUAAUAAGAGGAGCCUGACGACACAAAAAGAACGUGUUCUUUCCCAGAGGAAACAUUGUCACUGUGAAAUGCGGAAGCGAUUCACGAACAAGACUUUAGGUCGCAAGCCACGGCCCGUCAUGUCACAAGCCUUUCCGGGGCCUCACACCACGUGAUCAAAACUUACAAAAUGGCGACUGCGGGAGAACUUCCGCUCUGUGGUUAACGCUAAAGUAAUGACACAAAAAUCCCACGUCGAGUGACUGAGAAUAUCGUGAUUACAAUAAAAUUUAUGAUUAUUAUCAUUAUUAGUGCCAUCAGUCCGUAUAGAAGCAAACAGAAUGGGUUCAAGACUAAGGUCAAACCCAGAAAAAUUGUUUGAAGUUUUUGCUGAAGUUGGCAGACCACAGGACGAAGGCCAAGAUGCAUUUAUCUUACAGAAGUACCCUCCAGAUUAUAAUGAUCAGGAAGUGCUGAGCAACAUCCCCAAGUUUGCAUUUCCUUGCUCAUCUAAUACGGCACAGGUCGAUCAGUUUACAUUUGUCUUCACGGAUAUGGAAAGUUUGUAUCGUUUUGGUUACUGUCGCCAUGGGACUGGUGCACAGACAUGUUUGUGCAUUAUUAGCUGCCUGCCAUGGUUUGAAGUAUUCUACAAGAUGAUGAACUUCCUCGCAGAGCUCAUCAACCGUACGGAGAACGGUAACGUCAUACCUUUUCUCAAGGCUGUGUACGAACAUGAUCUCCCUGUGGCUGAUGUGCCUGUCACCAUUGUUGCAGGACAAGAGAUGUUCAACUUUACAGCUCCAGAUCCUGCAGCAUUACCUAGUAUUCCAGCCAGUAGAAACCUGACAGAGUAUUACAAUGCCCUUGACACAAAUAAUAUGAUGAUAGUGUUUGCAAGUAUGCUUCAUGAACGUCGCAUCAUUAUAAUAUCCAAAAAGCUGAGCCGUGUCACAGCCUGUAUACAUGCUGCUGAGGCACUCCUUUAUCCCAUGCAUUGGCAACAUUUAUUUAUUCCAGUCUUGCCAGAGACUCUCCUUGACUAUGUUAGUGCUCCUAUGCCGUACUUAAUAGGCGUACACACAUCAUUAUAUGAGAUUGCAAAAAAUAAGAACAUGGACAUUGGAGAUGCAGUAAUUGUUGAUGCCGACAAAAAUGAAGUCUCCACAGCAUAUGACGACCUUGAUGCCCUGCCCGUGGAUGUGUUGUCAUAUCUGAAGAAGAAUCUGAAGCCAGAGAAAGUGAAGAAUUCCAUGAUGGAAUCAGGUGAUGCCAUCUCCAAGGCAUUUUUGCGGGCACUUGUCAAGCUUAUAGGUGGCUACAGAGAUGCAUUAAAGAUGCGCCCCAAGGAACCAAUCACUUUUGACAGAGAUGCAUUUGUACUGUCGAGAUCAUCUACUUCUGUACAGGCAUUCCUGGAGAAUAUGCUGCAGCUUCAGAUCUUUCAGCAGUUCAUCAAGGAACGGCUUGAAAUUCUGAACAGUGGAGAAGGCUUUGAAGAUAUAUUUGAGCGAGAGUGCACAUUGAGUGCUGAUAGAAACACGCAGACCCUUAGAUACAAGGAUUGGCUGUCUAAACAAGGGCGCAAGCUGAAGGACGGGGGAAAAUAUAUAUUUUCUGACAUGAAACAUAUGGCUGCACCUGUGGUGUCCACUGCUGUUCAGUCUGUGAAAAACCAGGGUAAAAAGGCCAUUUCAAAGAUUCGUGAGAUGAAUGAAGGAAAGACGAGCAGUCCCAAGAUCAGUGGGGGUGUGACCUAUUCCAGGGAGGCUGGAGAACGCAGCCGACCAGCGACUAUAACAGUGCCUGCACGGAGGUUAAAACAGCCACCAAGGCCACCUCCACCAUCGUUAGAGAACAGACCACGAACAACAGUUGGACCAGCAGGCCUAGAGAGAAGAUCAAGCAGAACUAUGAGCGGCAUAGGGGAUGAUAACAUCUUGCGUCUGAGUUACUACAAAGUUGAUGUGGGACUGAUUGAUGACCCUGACAUCAUGAAAAUCAUGCGCUCUGCAAGUGCUGAGAACUUAGCUUUACCAGAGGAAGCUUUGCCUUUCAACCAGAGCUCUAGUGAUGAAGACGUGUCAUCCACACCUUCUAGCGAAGCACCAUCGCCGUCUUCAGAGAUAUCUUCAGGCAUUCCUUAUGAAGACCUGCAGCACAGUCUGGCACAAGAUUCUAUGUCUUUGGCAAGUUCCAGCACAGACAAAGAGAACAUGCCAGAGAUCAGGCCAAGGAGUGGUCGACGGUCAGCUCAGGUGGACCAUGCAAUCUCUGACCGCCUUAUUUCCCCCGUGAUUUCGGCAGGGCACCCUGUGGCGCCACCUCGUGGACUUCACAAGGAUAGAAUCUUGGUAGAGCCAGGCUCUACCAGCCAGCCUUCAAAGGGAGCACCAGUUCCUUUACCAAGACGAACAUCUUUGGACAGACCACCCUGUCCACCCAGUCAGUUGCAGAAGGACAAGCCACUAAUUCAUUUUGAUUCAAGUGAAAGCGAAGUGGACUCAGUAGAACAGUUUGAUCCUCUCCGAGAGCCCUUCAGUUUGGAAGCCAGUGUAGACGGUGUGUCAUCUAGUUCUUCAGGGCUGUCCAGACACACCAGUUCCCGCAAUUCUCUUGUAAUGCGAACACCUGCAUUUCGGCGGCCUCCACCCGAGUCACCACUCCGACCCGGUUAUCGAGAUGAAUCGCCAGAAAAGGAACCUUCAUCCGAUCCACUAGCAGAUUUGUUCGAUCCCCUAGCCCGUGGUUCAGGUUCUUCUGAGGAAUUAAAUCCAAAACGUUCUCCCUCCAUGGCUGCAAAUCAGAGCAGAAUGACUGAUGGUAGCAGCGCUAUGUCUGCAGACUCCCUCAUGCAGGACUGGACAUUGGAGCACUUGGCUGGAGGCCUGGCAUUCUCCUCAACAGUCCCUGCUGGCAGUUCUUUGACUUGCCUACACCCUCCUGCCCGUACUGCUUCUCCUCUUCCUUUUGUGGCAGACACAAGCCCAGCGUUCCACAAACCACCAAAUGUUUUGCAUCAUUCUCUUCCCAGACCUUCAUCAACCAGCGCUUUCACACCAGCACCACCGGCUACCCAGCCGCAUACUAAUUCUGUGUUAAUACCACAGAGGGUGUCGCCGGUGCCUGUGAGUGUUGGUCUGCAGAGUCCAGAUCUGCGUGGCCUCAGAACCUUGAAUGCAGGAAGGUGUCCGGGGUCAGAGUUGAGAAAGGGAACCCUUCCUAGUGUCCACCAGAGGAAGGCGAUGUUUGAGAACAUGAGCUCAACUCCGCCUCCAGCUCGCCCUCAGGCAGGGCCAUAUAAAAAACAAUGGGAAACAUUUGAUAACUGACUAUAUGGUCGGUUUGUAGUGGCACUUCUAAUAGCAUGCCUGUUUAUUGUUUACUUCUUACUGGGUGCUCCUGGAUUUUGAGACUUCAAACCUGCAGGUGAAGAAAUAGUGUGAUAUGAAGACAAUGCCAAAUAGAUGAGAGAGAAAGAAAGCAAGAGAGAGGAGAGGGGAGGGAGUACAACAUAUUUUAAAAUAAACUUUUAGAGAGAGUGCUCAAAGUUUUUGUUUAUUUUUCAAUUGGUUAGUCUUAAACUUUCCUGACCUGACUGAUCUUGCGAUCACUUCUGUUACAUGUGUCCAGCUCGCCUGAUGUAGAUGUCUGUCCCUUUUUUUGUCCAACCUUUUUUUGUUGUCUGAUGUACUUUUACAUAAUUUAUCCCUUAUUUUUUUGUCAUCAUCAAAUAUGUGCCUGUUUUGGCCCACAAUGCUUAUAUUUAUUGCUGCAUAUAAUGGUGCUGGUUUUAAAGUCAACAGUUUGUGGUGUUGAUCAAUCUAACCUAACUAUUGGACUGUUGCAGGAAACUUCAGAAUUCUAGGAAACAAUCUAUUUCAUGCUUUCUUUUUAAGCAUCAAAGCAACUUAAAAAAAAAAGUUUUUAUUCUGCUUGUCAUAUUUAUAGUAAGUUAAUAUGUAUUUAACAUAUGCAUUAAGACGAGCCAGGGAACAAGUGAGAAAAAGAUUACGUGUGAGGAGAGAGGAGAGAGAAGAGUGUGUGAGUUCGCGUGUUUGUAUGAUGGCAGAGAGUAGAAGAUAUACAGCCCUGUACAUCUUCUCAAAUCUUUAUAUUGAAGCAUUAUCUAGGUUUUUGUUUAGAACUAUCACUUAGUUUUUGAAAAAAAUGCAGUAUCUCAACACUAAUUUAAAGCAAAGCAGUGCAGUUAUGCUUGAAGGAACUGCGUUGUAGAUUCUUUGGCUUUGUUUUACAUUUCUUGUCCUUGUUGUUUUGCUUCCUAGUCCAAACAGCUUGUGAAUCAGCAAAUCUGCACUGGCUUAUCUAUCUGCAUGCUGCACAAAUUACUCAUCACUUUCUGUUGUAAAUUCAGUCCUGCAAAGUGAAGACCAUGAAGACCACGCUACAUCUUUUUUCAGUCAGAACACUUGACCUGCUAAUGCUGAAUAAGAAUUUUAUCUUUGACAUUAUGAGCAUUAGCUUCAAUCAGAUUUGCCAACAGCAAUAGAGUAAAAUGUCGAUGGCACAGCCACUGCAAUGACCUUAUACAUCUGUUGUAUCACCAAAGCAAGAGAGUAAACUAUCUGUGGCGUGAAGAUGUCUUCACUAGCCUUUAUGCAUGCCUUUAAUUUGUGGCUGAUACCAGCCGAGUCCUUCCUUCCACCUUUUUUCGCUGAUGUUGCUGGUUGUUCUGUCCCCUCUUAAACAUCUUUUUCUACUGCUUUGGCUUCGUAUUCUAUUUCUACUUCUGCUGCUCCCACUGAUUGUGCUUCUCCUUCUUCUGUUUUUACUGCUGCUAUUGGUGCUAGUUGCUCAAAAAUGGUGGGACAGUCUAGCUAUAAAUACUAGAUUCAUUUCACGUUCAGACUUGAACAGGGUUGUUGACCUCGUUUUCCUGUAUCAUUUACUGUCAUUGUGUAUAAAAAUACAGGGUAUCUCCAGAAGUUAUUGAUACAGUAGGAAUCUGUAAUUUACAUUUGCUUUAUUUAUUCUUUGAGAACAAACAAAAAAAGAUAAAUUAUGGUGAAUAUCAUCAACAGUGGAUGAUAUAUGCACAACCCUGAAAUUAUGGACAUAAAUAUGGUAGGAUGCAUACUGAUUGUUAAACAGUUCUUGAAUUAUAGCAGUGCAGACUUUUUUGCACAGUCUGCAGAAAAAUGCGUAGUCCAUUUAAAUUAUUGUGAAUUAUAAAAUAACUGUAUGAUAUUAUGGUAACACUAUACUAAACAUUAGAGUUGUUUCAAAUUAUAAGUUUGUAUAUACCUGGGAUAUUUUUAACACAUCCUGUCUGUUAAAGGUAAACUAACAUUGAGCAUUUGGGCUUCUGAUAAUGGGUUGAUGAACAGGUGCUGGGGCAGGCUUCUUAUGUCUGCAUCUUUAUCAUCAUUUGUCAUUGCUGCAAUCAUUGUAACUAUCAUCAUACAGUCUGUAGCAAGCAAAUAAACUGGCUGUAGACUGGCAUUUGUACAAGAAUUCUGUUAAUGUGAUGUGAACACAACAAAGGAAAGCCUCUUAAAGACUGAAUCUUAUUUAAAUAUCUUGGACUUAAAGUCACAAAAUCUUGGGGGUUGGGGGGUGGGGAGAACUUUGUUGGUCUUCAACCUUGAAACAGCCAUUAGGAAAAAAUGGUCAAGACCUUAUCUUUGGUGUUUGUGCCAGUGCUCCAUUAUAAUAUGCUAGAAGUUAUUGCAUGUUACUGCUUUCAUUGAAAGCAAAGUAGCAUCCAGAGCACGUACGCAUCAAUCCUAUCCUUGUAGUUCUUGUCCUUGAUGUACAAGUCUAAACGUUAGUGCAGUUUUUGGAGUAAACAGUUUUUUUAUGCAGCAAAAUAAAUUUCUUUCGAGAUAUUUCUUUAGUUAUCUAUGUCUGUUCUUUUGGCACCAUAUGUGUUUAGGAACAUCCCGCAGAAUGUGUCAAGGCCAAAGCUACUGACAGAUGACACCCAGACAAGUCCUGAAAUAUCAGAAAUCACUUGUAGUGUCUGCUGGGGUCACAUCAGGCUUACCAGCACAGAAGUAACAAAGGAGGGGGGUGUCAAUACUGUGGUCUUCAAUAAUCAUAGUCAAAACUAAACAAAACAGAUAACUGGUGGUAUAUAACCUAAAUUGCUAUUGAGUACUUAAAUAGAAAACAAAUGGUUGCUUGGUAUUUUUUAACUGGGGCUUUUAGUUUUAGCCCUGUGAAGCAACUGUCAUGUGAAAUCAACAUUGCUUCCAAUAAUCUAUGUCUUUUGUUUGAAAAGCACAAUAAAGUGUCAAAGAAUUGUACAACCCACUUUGACCCUUGGCUCCAUGACAAUGGCCUAAUCUCAAAUGGCCUCAACAUUAUUGGAAGUAAAGAGUCGCACUGACUUUGGAUUUAUGUGAAUAGUACUUUAUUCUUGUGCAUUUCUGAGUUACUAUCAUGUCCUACCUUUUUCAGUUCCAUAUACCAUUGUUUCUGCACAAUGAGAUUUUCCAUUAUUUUACUGAUCAGUCUAGCUGACCAAUGAAAAAUUGUCUUGUUAAUCUCUUUGCACCAGAAGCAGUCUAUGACCUCCAACCUCAUCAAGACAAUUCUCAAUGAUCAAAGAGUUCCUUAUUUGUUGAAUCAGCUUUUUAUUUCCAAGACCUGUCAAAUGAACAUGAUGAAUGAAAGAUAUGAACAGUUUUCAAGAUUAUCAUACUCAAGUUUAUAGUUUGUAUUUUUAGAUGUUCUUGUUUUGCCAGUUCAUGUCUGAGUACAUUGUUUUGAGAAAGAGACUGAGUUGAGUCUUCCACUUGAUCAAGCUUUGAGAGCGUGUCUUGGAUAUUCAUCUCUGAUGUGUAGCUUUGAACAUCCAAUUGCAUUGUUAUGUUGUAAUAAUUGUAAUAAUUUAUUCUCAUUUGUUUAUUGUGUGGUUCUAAAUGUCAUAUCCUUUUUUCCGCAAUUAUAUGUUAAACGAGAGAGCUGAUACUUGGUUAUUUGAUUUUCAGCUGCUGUACUUAAGAACGAGAGUCCAGGUAGUUUUUCUUCAUAAACACUUUUCUGCAUAAACACUUUUCAAUCAUUCAAUGCCAUUAUGAGAUGAUACAUGCUUGCAUGUAAUAUCUAUCCCCAACAAAGGAUGAGCAAAUAUAAUCAGUGGCUGAAUUUCUGACAGUCCUUGCUACUGAGUGACAUGACUGUUUUGAUAUUGCUUGUGCAACCAUUUACGGUUUGGUACACAGCUGUGAUAGCUUUCCUCCUGCUUCAUCAAGAUGUGAUCAUCUAAAGCACAACUCAUACCAACGCAAGACAUCUUGUACCUUCACUGUGAUUGAGACUUCAACCGUAGCUUUUCUUCUUUCAACUUCGUCUUCAGUCUGUCUGCAUACAGACUGUUGCAAGUUUUCUUUUUUUUUUUUUUUCCAAUUGAGAUUAAGAAAAUGUUUCACCAGCAUUUUUAUAUAUAAAGUAUAUUUUCAUGUAUUCAUCUGUUUCUUUAGAAAGGAUGAUAUUUAAGAGGUAAAAGUAAUAAGAUGCCUGCUUAUUAUUUGUUUUUGUGAAAUUGAACUACCAGUAUCUUUGCUUUUGUCGCCCAUCUUCCCAAUGUACAUUUUUGUAUGACCUAAAUUUUAAAGCAGUGUGAGCUGCAUCAAGUCUUGAACAAUGUUAGUUCGUUAUUCACUAUUGACAAUUACAAUUCAUGUUUUUAAUAAUCAUUUAAAGAUUUUAAGAAAAAAAACUACCUAACAUGAUUUGAUAAAGACUGAAGAGGAUUAUGUAGAUUUUGCUUUUCCUUGAAAGGUUUGACCACAAGGGUAUGCAAUAAUUAAAAAACCACUUCCGUUCAUUUUUGUUUUUGGGUAUAGUGACUGAAAUCAAAUGAUGUAAUGUUUUUAAUGAAUCUUGUGACUGAUUGCAGUUCAUUCCUACUUUUCAUGUUUCUCAAAUUCAUAGGUUAUUUUCAGUAUAUGUCCAUUGAAUUAUCAAUAGUUUUAUUCAAUUAACAUCAGAUGCGAAGAGAAUAAACAUGUAUGUUAGACAGCAAAAGCUGGCAAGAGUCAAGACACAAACGCUGGCUUUUGAUGAACUGAAGUCUUCUCCAUUUUGUGCAAUAAGCUAAUAAGCAAGAGCUGCUUGAUUUUUCACCACAUUCUUUGUACAUGGCUUAUGAAAAAUAAAUGAAACAUGUUAGCAAUAGCUUUUUGUGAACUCCGUGUUUCAGGUCUCAUGUUGAUUCACAGACACCUGUUUCUUUUGUUAUGUGCUGGGACUUAGUAUCUUGUUUUUGCUUCUGCAAACUAGAGAAGGUUCCAGAGAAACAGUAUUACUGUGUUACCUCACAUUCCCUCCUCACCCUCUCCCACCAGCACCGUGUGUACAACUACAAUAUUACUAUUUUCUGUGGAUAUAAUGUUAAUUUAAAGAGCUGGCCCUGAGAUGUGGAGUCUUUAACACCAGAUUUUUCACCUUCCGAAAAGGUCAUGGGAUUACCUUUUCGUUUAAUAGCUAAUUAAUAGACUACUCGACCUACCUUUAGUCCAAGUUUACUUCUCCACAGUCCAUCAUACCUAGUCUAUGUCCCCAGUCUAGAGCCCUUGUCUACGUGUCCACAGUCUAGAGCUUGAAACAUCAGAUGUCCACUAUCUCUGUAUACAAGAGUUCUUAUAUUGUGUAGCAUGGGUAGGGUGCUCUAUGUCAGCAUGUCUUGCUCAUAUGUAGUAGUACAUGUGUAUAGCAGUACACGUGUGUAGCAUGAACCAUGUGUACAGUCCGUAUACAGCAGUCACUGGCUUUCUCCUCAUUGUUGACACCGACAGAAUUAGAACGAGUCCUAAAAUUCUGUACGUCCUUGGUUUGUGUAUUCUACAUUGUACAUCUUGGUGACAGCAGUGGUGGGGAAACAGUACAGCUUCUGUUGUAAAAAGAAAAUAAACUUUUGCCGGUCAAGAUGUGAAA